CAAAGAGGCGGCCCUCCCCACCCACCCCCAAAUAAAGGAGAUCUGUGGCUCAGGCUCAGCUGGUGGAGAAGAGAAGGCUCAGGGCAGUCCAUGGCCGGCUCCCAAGUUGUGGGGAAGUAAUAAGACAUUGGGCUUCCCCGGGCCUCCACACCGGCCCGCCCAGGGGCCUCUGGGUCAGCCCUACCCACCCAGCCUCAGCAGCAAACCCAGGAAGAUGAAGCUAAUGGCAGCUUCCAGGCUGUCUAAAGGCUCCUUCUGUCCCCACAGCACAGCCAGCAGACACCCAGGCCUUGCUAAGAGGGGAGCAUGGAGCAGGAGGCAAUGGCCCCUGGGAUCUGGAGACUUAGGGGCCAGGGCUUCCAGUUUGCAAACCGGAUGUGAUCGCCCAAUUGGAGCAAGGGGAAGCCCCAUGGAUGCUGGAGAGAGAAGGCCCCCCAAGAGCUUCCCUUGCAGAUUGGGAGCCUCGUCCUGCUAUCAAAGGAUCUCUUCCAGUGUGGGGCAUUUCUCCAGAAGAAUCAUCCUGGAAGAAUGUCAUCAGUGACAGGCCUUGGAAGUUCAAGUUGAAAGAAGCCUGGACUUGUGAUGCCAAGUUAGGCAAGAAACCAGACAGCCAGGAGAGCCCUUCCAGGAAAUUAACAAUUACUCCCCAAAAGACUGUAUGCAAAGGAAAAGGCCAGCAAUGUAAUAAACUUGGAAGCAGCUUCAAUCAAGGGUCAGGCCUUUCUCUCUCUGGGAGCAUUCCUUUAGGUAACAGUCAAGAGGGAGGUGAUAUACAUUACCAGAUCUUCCCACCAUAUUCAAACCUAAUUCAGUAUACUAAAGGGACAUCUGGGAAAGAAUGUGCCAGGUAUGAUAAACUUGGGGAAUGCUUUAAUUAUCAGCCAAAUCAUACUCAAUAUUAUGGCAAGCAUACACAAGUAAAAGCUUAUGAAUAUAAUCAGUGUGAGAUAGCAUUCAGCUGGGGCACAGAUCUUAUUGGACAUCCCAAACUUCAUACUGAAAACAACUCUUAUAAUGAUAAUAAAUGUGGGAAGACCUUCCGCCAGAAUACAAAGCUUAUUUAUCAUCAGAAAAUUCAUAAUGGAAACAAAUAUUAUACAAGUAAUGAAUACAGGAAAGCCUCCAUAGAUCACUCACCACUUACUAUCCAUCAGAGAAUUCAUAUCAGAGAGAAGUCGUAUGAAUGUAAUCAAUGUGGAAAGAUCUUUAGCCAAAGUUCAGAACUUAUUCGACAUCAGAGAAUUCACACUGGAGAGAAACCUUUUGAAUGCAAUGAAUGUGGGAAGGCCUUUAGCCAGAGCUCAGAACUUAUUAGACAUAGGAGAAUUCAUACUGGAGAGAAACCUUAUGAAUGUAAUGAAUGUGGGAAGGCCUUCAUCCAAAGUUCAUCUCUUACUUUACAUCAGAGAAUUCAUACUGGAGAGAAGCCUUAUGAAUGUAAUCAGUGUGGGAAGACUUUUAGCCAGAGCUCAGAACUUAAUAGACAUCAAAAAAUUCAUACUGGAGAGAAACCUUAUGAAUGUAGUGAGUGUGGGAAAGCCUUCAUCUGGAACUCAGAACUUAUUAGACAUCGGAUAAUUCACACUGGAGAGAAGCCUUAUAUAUGUAAUGAAUGUGGGAAGGCCUUCACUCAGAGUUCAUCUCUUACUUUACAUCAGAGGAUUCACACUGGAGAAAAGCCUUAUAAAUGUGAUGAAUGUGGGAAGGCUUUCACCCGUAGUUCAUCUCUUACUGUACAUCAUAGUACUCAUACUAGAGAGAAACCUUAUGAGUGUAAUCAGUGUGGGAAGACUUUUAGCUGGAACUCAGAACUUAUCAGACACCAAAUAAUUCAUACCGGAGAGAAGCCUUUUAAAUGUGAUGAAUGUGGGAAAGCUUUCACCCAGAACUCAUCCCUUGUUUUGCAUAAGCGAAUUCAUAGCAGAGAAAAACCUCAUGAAUGUAAUGAGUGUGGUAAGGCCUUUAUCCAACACACAUCCCUUAUUUGCCAUCGGAGAAUCCACACUGGAGAGAAGCCUUAUAAAUGUAAUGAAUGUUGGAAAGCUUUCAGUCAGAGUGGACACCUUACUGUGCAUAAGAGAAUUCACAGUAGAGAAAAGUCACAUGAGUGGAACGGAUGUGGUAAGGCCUUUAUUCAACACUCCUCUCUAGUUUACCAUCAAAGAAUUCAUACUGGUGAGAAAGCAUAUGAAUGCAACGAAUUUGGAAAGGUUUUCAGUCAGAAUACAGAAAUAAUUGACCAUCAGAAAAUUCGUCCUGAAGAGACAUUUUUAUACUUGAAAUGAAUGUGGGAAGACCUUCAUUGGGAGCUUAUUUCUUAUUCUCCUGAUAAUUCAAACCACAUGAGAACCGUCUAAUUGUAAUUAGCAUGGGCAAGCCUUUUGAUAGAGCAGGGACCUUAUUAGAUACUGAUCUAUUCAGAGUGAAUGAAACCUUGGAAAUGUAAUGAAUAUGGGAAGGCCUUCUACAGAGCUCAUCCCUUACUGUACAUCAGAAUUCAUACAAGAGAGAAAUUUAUGAAUAGAAUUAUGUGGGAAGGCCUGUACUAAGGGCUCAGAAUUUGUUAGACAUAAGAAAAUUCCUUCUGGAGAAGAAACCUUAUAAAUAAUAUUGCUAACCUUCAUAUAGCACUUGAAGGUUUUCAAAGUGCUUUACAAUAUUUGUCAUUUGAUCAUCACAAUAAUCCUGGGAGGUUGGUGUUAUGAUUACCCCCAUUUAUCAGAUGUAGAAGAUGGACCUGAGAGAAGUUAGUGACUUCUCCAGGAUAAAUAGGUAGGAAGUAUCUUGAGGCUGAAAUUGAACUCGGGUCUUCCUGCAUCUGGGUCCAGUGCUCCAUGCAUGGAAUGGAAUGAAAUUAAAAUUCCUCAGACAUGAAGUGUUCUCUUUAUGUAAGCUGUUGUGCUAGUUACUGAGUCCAGAAAGACAAAAUGAAGCACUCCUUGCUCUCAAAGACCCUACUUUCUUCAAAUUAUUUGUGGAGUUUUUUAGUUGAAGGAAACCCUAUAAAUGUGACAAAUUUAGCCCCCCCAAAAAUGCUUUCAUCUUCUUGUCACUGGAGAAAUCCUGCUUGAGUGAAACUUCAUGAAAGUGAUGCAUUUGGAAAGGCUUUGGGUUGGUGCACACUCCUCACCAUUAGAAAAGUCAAACCGAUCUGAAGCCUUUGGAUGGUGAGAUGAUUGUGAAAGGCCUAGCAGUGAAAGACCGCUGAUCCAUCAUUGCUGACGUUUACAGAGUUAGCCUGAUUACAGGAAUGCCUAAAUAGCAGGAAGGAAGAUGGAUCUUGAGGGGAAAUUACUGUUCAUGAUCACAUAUUAUAACUUAAAAAACCUUAAGACAUCCUCUAGGUCUUGGUGAGAGAACAGGUAAUAGACAUCAUUCCAUCCAGUUGCCAAGUUUCUUAGUAUUAACGGAUUUAAUCCUCAGUAUUCAUGGACUUCUAAAUGUAACGUUCCAAAUAGUCUACAAUGAUAGUUCCCACUCUAAAAUGAUCCUUUAGGCCCCCAACCAGGUUCUCAUUUUCUUCUUGAGCAGCUGCAACUUUGGGAACUUUCUCCCGGUGCUGUCAUAUAUAAUCUGCCCAUGCAGGCCUAUAUCACCUCCAUGUUUCUGUUCUUUGCUCGUCAUUUCCAUCAUGGGAGGAAAGUCCUGUCCCUCAUUUAAACAACUCUUUUUUUUUUCUUUAUAAUCCAAAUGAUUCUUCCCAUACUAUAUUAUCUCCUCACAUAUUGACUUUGGGAAUACUGAUUCCCAAUAGUCAAUAUUCCUAAAACUUAAUACAAAUCUAAAUGCAAAUCUUUUUAUGAAUUACAGUAUAGCUUUACAAUAUCCUUAUUAACCACAGAUUAGAUUUUGCCAAAACUUCCCACAACAUUAAUAUUCUGUCAGAAAAAUGAGAAUAAGGAAAGCCUUCAGUUCUUUGAUAAAAUCAUUGUUUCUUUAGAAAACAGGAUGAACAGAACUGGUAAUCUAGAAGAGCAACCAAGUAUAAAAAGGAAAAUGGCCUUUAAUAAACCCAAGGUAAGUAUCAAUGGGCAAAGAAAUAACAUUGGUCAGUACAAAUUUUUGGAAAAUGAGAUAUCAGCAUGUCAGAAAAAGUUUCACUCUCAAACUGCACACUAUUAAUGAUGAUGAAUUCUAUGUGUAACUUUUGUGUCAGAAAAGGGUAUAUUGUAUUUCUUGUGAGUAUAAUGAAAAUAUUUUAAAAUUUAUUGUAAAAUUUAAAGGAAUUAUUGGAAAUCAAA